AUGGAAAACGCCCUAGCCCGAGCAGUGAUGCAAAUAAGAUGGGAGGAGGAUGAGAUAAACCGAACGAUUCACUCCAGAUAUGAUUCAAGGCGAGAUGACAGGAAACCAGAGCACAGGCCAGCGGAGCACCGCUACCAACCCCCAACACGCAAUUCGAGUAGAGUCAGAAAACUGUAUGAUCGUCAACCAACAAGAAUCGAGAGCAGACAGUUCGGAUCGAACUGGUACAAAAUACCAGAGUACAGCCUCAAUAUCGAGCCAACCCAGGUGGUCGCGAUUAUGAAAGGAAUGGGAUCCACCGUUAAGUGGCCAGGCAAGCUCAAUCCCAAGGCAAGGAGAGACAAGACCAAAUGGUGUGAGUUCCACGGCGAUCAUGGGCACAACACCGCAGACUGCAUCGCUUUACGACUAGAGGUUGCUGCACUUCUAAAGAGGGGACACCUCCGGGAUCUGCUAAUUGAUCAGGGGAAGAACACCAUUAGCCAUAAGAGUUCAAAAGAACCAUCACCACCUCCGCGAGAACCUAAACCGAAAGGUUUCUGGUCGCUCAUCUCCGGAGGAUCAGAGAUCAGUGGGGUAAGUUACUCAUCAGCCAAGCGAUAUGCCAGAGCCAAUCGCCACCAUGAAGUCCAGUCCAUCCAUCCGGCCUCACGGUCACACACUCAUCAGGUAAUUCAAUUCGAAGAUGAUAAGCCAGUUACCCUGGUCGCUCCUCAUCAUGAUGCCCUAGUCUUCUCCCUACAGGUCGCCAACAUCGUAGUGAAAAGAGUAUUUGUAGAUGGAGGCUCUAUGGCAAACAUCUUAUUCCUUGAAACAGUGAAGGCUAUGGGACUGGAAAAGGCAAACAUCAAUAGGCGGCCGACGCUGCUAGUUGGCUUCAGCUCUAAGUAG